UGGCACCCCUCUGCCAGCGCUCUCUCCGCUCCAGGCGGGUUGCAGUUUGCGCACGGCGGCCUCGGUUGUUUGCACCCAUUUAUGCUUGUAAGAUGGGUGCAAACAUUUGUAGCCAUUAAAGGGCCCUUGGCGAGUGGAGAAACAGCGACGCUUCAACGAGAGUAGAGGGGAUUUGAAUCUUUUGAGGCGUUAUUUGUCUUUCCACUGGAAUAUAUAUACCAUUUUUUUUCUAACUGGAAAUUACUGUUCGAUAUACCCUCCCUAGUGAUGUUCAGAAGCAAGGAUCCAGAGAGACUUCAACUGUGGACGGACCAGAGAAUGGCGUACACCCUCCCAGAAAGUGUGCCGGACCAAGAAGAAUUGCAGAAAGAAAGCAAUGGGGUGGUCAAGCAUUGUCAUGAUAACAGCUACGCUCAGGAGGACCGAGAGAAGGAGAAGAAAGUUGCCAGGAGGAGGUUGUACGUCGUUUCUGUCGUCUGCCUGCUUUUCAUGAUAGGCGAGAUUGUUGGUGGUUAUUUGGCGGGAAGCCUCGCAGUGAUGACAGAUGCUGCUCACCUUCUGACCGACCUAACCAGCUUUAUCAUCAGCUUAUUUUCCCUCUGGCUCUCCUCAAAACCUGCCACACAAAAGCUGAGCUACGGCUGGCAUCGUGCAGAAAUCCUGGGUGCCCUGCUGUCAGUCUUUACCAUCUGGCUGGUCACAGGAGUGUUGGUUUACCUUGCUGUAGAGCGUCUCCUCAGUGAUGACUACACCAUUGAGGGCCACAUCAUGCUUAUUACCUCAGGCUGUGCAGUGGUGGCUAACAUUAUAAUGGCCUUAACUCUUCACCAGUCGGGUCACGGCCACAGCCACGGCGGACUCUCUUCACAGGGGCACGGACACAGUCACAGUUCCAAGAGUGAAAAGGAGAAGAAUCAUAUGUCAAAUAACAUCCAUUCAAAUGACGAGCACAUAGACAUGACGGGAAACCAUGCAGGACAUGGCAAAAGGGUUCAGCAGGCGAAUGCAAGUGUGCGAGCAGCUUUUGUGCAUGUGCUGGGAGACCUUCUCCAAAGUGUCAGCGUGCUCGUCAGUGCCAUCAUCAUCUACUUCAAGCCAGAAUACAAAAUAGCAGACCCGAUCUGCACCUUCCUGUUCUCCAUUUUGGUCCUAUUCACCACCUUCACCAUAAUGAGAGACAUCCUUCUUGUUCUGAUGGAGGGUAUUCCGUCGGGGGUGAGGUACGGUGAGGUGCGAGACCGUUUGUUAGCUGUGAAGGGAGUUAUAGCGGUUCACAACCUUCAUAUCUGGGCCCUCACCAUGAAUCAGACGGUGCUCACUGCACACAUAGCUAUAGAUGAUUCAGUUGAUGCCCAGACUGUCCUGAGAGAAAUGACCCAGGCCUGUUUCUCCUCCUACAACUUCCACUCCAUUACUAUUCAAAUGGAGCGGCAGGCCGACCUAAAGCCUGGAUGUACACUCUGUGAAAAUCCUAAAUAGUAGAACCCUCAUGUGACUCUUUCCCAUUGGAACGAGGACAACCUCCUCAGACGUGUUGAUAUUGGGGCCCUGAUGGGUUUUCUCUCAAUGCAACAUGUCAAAGUAACCAGUUACUGUAUUUCGAGUGCCCUUUGUGCUACAUCCUAAACAUGUGGCUAUUUAAUGAAUAUGAGGAUGACACAAAGUUGUAAAGGAUUUGUUGGAGGAAUAAAUCUUUUGACUUCUUGCAAAAAAAAUCACAUAAAACUC